AUGAAAACUCAAAAUAAUGAUGAAAGAGGAGAUGACGAAGAAAAUUUCCACCCAUUAGAAUCCGACGUAAUUCCCAGAAUAUUGACUAGUCUCUCUAGAACUCCAACUCCAAUUCCAACUCCAUCUUUCCAAACUAGACUUAUAGAGACGGAUAGAUCCACUAUCAUGGAUGAUAGAAGAAGUAACCUUACUUCAUCAAAUUCACCAGUCGAUACAGUACCGACUUUGGAAAGAACCUCGUCAGAAUUAUUCCUAUAUAACCGUUUGAAUGAAUUGAAGAAUAGCAGUUCCUUUUCAGAUGAGGGACAAAUACAGCAACGACUGCAACAACAACAACAACAGCAAUCGCAACUGCAACAGCAACUGUCUAAGGAGGAUAAUGCAGUACAAGCAAAUAAUACUACAGCUCAACAACAACAACAGCAGCAGCAGCAGCAGCAGCAACAACUGGUGGAUAAAUUGAUUGCCUUAACAUCUGUUUCUACUAGUCUAUUGAAUGAGAAUGAUAAUAAUAAUGACGCUGAAAACAUUGUAUCUUCAAAUAAACCAUAUCGCGACCAACAAUCUAACCAAAAUGAAGCAGUGUCCGCCGAUGGACAAUUGAAAGAUGUGAACUUGGCUUCUACAAAUCUGAAGAAUAACGAAAAUGAAAAUGAAAAUGAAAAUGAAAACAAUUACAACAAUAACACUAUCAAUGAAGCUACUGCUAAUAACAUUGAUGGUUCUGCAACAACUAAUGACCAGCCCUUUUAUGUUAAUGCCAAACAAUACCAUAGAAUCUUGAAAAGAAGAUACGCAAGGGCAAGAUUAGAAGAAAUAUUAAGAAUAUCAAAGGAAAGGAAACCUUACCUACAUGAGUCAAGACAUAAACAUGCAAUGAGCCGGCCAAGAGGGAAAGGUGGAAGAUUCUUAACUGCUGCUGAAAUUGAAGCUUUAAAAUUACAAAAUCAUCCUCAACAAUCUAACGCCUCGACAAUAAAUGGCAAUGCCAAUCUGCAACAACAUCAGCAGCAACAACAGCAACAACAAUCAUCCCCAGCCUUAACACCACCUUCAAUCUCUCUUGAAACGAUACCAACACAGAAGGAUGUAAUUAAGGAUGAAAACACUCCGUAUACUUAA